AUGGACGACUCCUCACAGCGAGAAGGCAACGAGGAUACCUUCGAAAAUGAAAAAAAGGAAAAAAAAAAAAAAAAAAAAAAACAACACACAUAUUCCGUAAUAAAGGAAGUGAACUAUUCGCAGAAUGAGGAUGACACAUCGGUAGAAAUACCCAGUAAAAAAAAAAAAAGAGAACUAACAAAAAAAAAAGUACACAUAGAGGAUGUCCAAAGGGUAGGGGAGUUUAAAGGUGAUGUUUCAAGUGACGAGUGGGGCAGGAACAGUUGGGUGCAAGAUGGACAGGACCCCGAACCGAAGGGAUGCAUGAACUCCCAGAAACGUGACUUCGGUCGUUUGCUAAAGAUAAGGGGCGUAAAAAGGAGAAAACGGGAAAAACAUAGCAAUCAUAGUAGUAACGGUGGUAGCCAUGAUGACGACAGUCAAAGCAGUGAUAGUGAUCACGAAAUAGUGCCACUCCAAGGGCAGAGAAGGAACGGGGAGCAGGACGCCACGACAGCUCCACCCCUGCACCUUCAUGCGAAGGAAACGCCCCGUAGGAGUAGAAGAAAAGAUGCACCAUUCAACAUGGUCCAUAGUCCCCAAAUGUCAAACUCACCACGGAAUGGAAACUACGAGGAUUGGCCUGAGGAACACCAUCGCAGUAGUGACGAUCAUGGUGACAGAAAUGGGAGUGUAAAAACUGGACUCCCCGUAGUGGACCACAUUUAUAAUGUAAGGAGUGACGAUAUGCACGACGUCAGUAGUGACGAUCCCCCCGAUAUGAGUAGCGCAGACUCCCACGACGUAAGCAGCGCCGAUCUACCAAGCGCCAGUAGUAGUGAAGCGAACAUUUUUUCCAAGCUGAUCUACAGAAUAAAGAAUGUUUUUGCUGACAGGAGGGGGGAUCCCAUAACGGAUGAAAACAUUGUGGACAGCGACAUCUGCGAACUGACCAUUGUGGGUAGCAAUGGAAUUGACCCGAGUGGCCCUAACAACAUAGUACACGUUGUGGAGGAUGAAGAUACGUUUAUAAUGCAGGGUCAUAGCACUAGUCAGACAGGAGGGGGAGAAAACAGAGAAAUUGCUUACCCACAUGGAAGAACCCACACGAAUGAGAUGAUUUGUCUAAACGGACUAAACCCGAAUGACCUGUUAAACAGCUCCAUUCCUAUUAACUCUAAUCGCCCAGAAAUAAAUGAAAUUUUUAGUAACGUUGAAAAUGGGACCAUUAUAAUGGAAAGGCCCGAUUCAGGGACAAAUGGCACUACAUCUGAUCAAGACGCAGCGCAGCAUAGUACAGGUAGUGACCCCGGCGGUAGAACCCACCGCUUCAGCUAUAGGAAUGUCUUCCAAAAAAUAGUUACCUACGUUAAGGAAAAUAUAUCCUACGUAAAGGAAAAAAUAAAAACCUACUGGCUAGAACGAGUGCGUGAAGCGAACACCCAAUUGACAACACCCCAUCAAACUACAAACGAACGGCAGGAAACAAACGAACCAGCACUUCACACCGAAGACGAAAACGAUGACCCUAGCUGUCUUCAAGUACUUUUCUUCCUAGGGUUGGUCUGUAAAUUUCCUAUCCUCUGGAUUAUUGGCUCCAUAAUAUUCUGCAUCACCCCAAGUGAACAUAAAAGAACCAAAAUGUGGAGUCUAGUCAAUACCAUGUUUGCUCUCUUUAGUUUAUUCUACUUUAUAAGCACAUCGAAAUUUAAAGUGCCAAGGCCAGUUUUCUCAGUCCUCAUGGAAUCAAAUACUGAGGAAAACAAUAAUAUACUUCCAAGAGGGGUUUUAAAAAACCGGGAAAACGUUGUUCACAGUUCGGUAGUGCUUGAUGGAUCUUCUACGUCCCAUUGGAUGGGGCAGAACUCCCAUGCAGUUUUCCCUGCGGAGGAGAAUUCCUUCUUAAAUUGGAACUUCGUGUCGACGCAGAAGCCGGACACACACGUUUUGCUAAGCAGUGACGUGUACAAGCUCUUAAACCGCGUGCAAGUGACGUUCCUCUUCGGAAAGGGCAACGCCUACCCCCGAACGGAGGUCGAAAAGAUGAAGCCUUUUUUUCAUGACCUAAAAGAGGGCCUUAGGCCAGUCCCCGUGGAGAGACUCACUAUGACGGAUCAAGACGUCCCUGAGGACUUCUUCGGAGGAGGACUCAGGUGCGAACGGACAAAAAAAUACGCGCCCAAGCAGGCCAACGAAGCCGAAACGGACAAGCAAAAGGAAAAGGCCAAGUGGUAUUUAUUCUGGAAGGAAGACGACAACUCAAAGGAUAAUAGCUCAACCGGAUCAGAAUCAGACAUCCCCCUUCCCGUUGGAGAAAUCUUCUUCUUUAAAAACGAGUACACCUGCAGAGUAGCUUUCCUUUAUCCAAAAAAAACGAACCCCGAUGAAAAGGAGAUGCCAGCAAAUUUUAUCCAAAUAAAUAAAAUUAUAAUAAAGCCCUUUUGA